CCAGCCUAACCCAGCCCAGCCUAGCCCAGCGCGGAGGGAGAGGGCGGCGGCGCCGUAGCCCCCGGCCCGGCGGGACCCCGGCCCAGCCUGGCUGAAAGCACCAGGUUACCUUUUUCGGCAUCGCUGCUGAGAGCACGGGCAGACAAGCAAAGUGAUUGACUUCCCAGGCGUGCCAAGUCAGUGCUCGUCGGUGCCCAAACUCGCUCUGCGUGUCCUCCGGGUCCCCUUGGCAGCCAGUGAUGACCGAUGCGGUGGUGGGUGGCAGCUCUGACCAGUGGAUGUGCCGCGGUGACAGGACCAUGUCUCUCCGGGCCGGGCUCCCCGCAGGCUGGGCAGCGCGGGGUGGCCAGCCCGACCGGCAGCGCAAGGGUGAGGAGCUGACAGAUGAGGAGAAGGAGAUCAUCAACCGAGUCAUUGCCCGGGCCGAGAAGAUGGAGGAGAUGGAGCAGGAGCGCAUUGGGCGACUCAUGACCCGGCUGGAGGACAUGCGCCGCAGUGUGCUGGGGGACGGGGUGAACCGCUGCAUCCUCUGUGGGGAGCAGCUGGGGCCGCGGGGAUCCGCCUGCGUCGUCUGCGAGGAUUGCAAGAAGAACGUCUGCACCAAGUGCGGGGUGGAGACCACCAACAGCCGGCCCCACACCAUCUGGCUCUGCAAGAUCUGCAGCGAGCAGCGGGAGGUGUGGAAGCGCUCCGGUGCCUGGUUCUUCAAGGGUUUGCCCAAGCAAGUGCUGCCCCAGCCAAUGCCCGUCAGCAAGAACAAGGGACCCCAAGCCCUGAGCGAGCCCAGCCCGUCGGAGCCGCCCACCCAGGACCCGCAACUCCCCUCCCGCGCGCCCACCCGAGGCAGCGAUGCAACGGCGGCUGCCCGGGGCAGCUACGCAGCGCCUGGUCGCAAGCCGGCUGAGGGCAGACCGGGCCCGUGCGGCAGCGAGCACACCGGCGGGGAGGUCGACAGCCGCGACUACACUGCCGAGAGCGGGGUCAGCAGGAGCCCCGGCGUGAAGCGGACCAACUCCCUGCAAGCCCCGCGUCCGCCCCCACCAGCUGCUGCCGGCCCCGCUCCUGGUCCUGGUCCAGCAGCACCCCCAGCACCAGCGGCAGUGGCAAGACCGGGUCCCAGGGCAACUGGCCAGUUCCUGGAAAGACAAGCGAGCCCGCCGCUGGGACCCCCAGAGCCAGCCCGCGCCACUGCCAGGGAGGAGCGAGGAGGGGGCUAUGCUGUGCCCCCAGCCAGAGAGGAGAGGCCAGCCCGGCAGCCCCCCGCCUUCCCGCAGUCUCCCGCCAUCCCACCAGCGCCUGCUGCCCCGCUGCGGCAGCCGCCCCAGGAGGAAGAGGAGGAGGACGCCAACAGCUAUGACUCUGAUGAAGGCACUACGCUGGGAGCGCUGGAGUUCAGCCUGCUCUAUGACCAGGAGAACAGCUCCCUGCACUGCACCCUCAUCAAGGCCAAAGGCUUAAAGCCAAUGGACUCAAACGGCCUGGCGGAUCCCUACGUCAAACUGCACCUCUUGCCUGGAGCCAGCAAGUCAAAUAAGCUGAGAACGAAGACACUGCGCAACACCCGUAACCCUGUGUGGAAUGAGACCCUGGUGUACCACGGCAUCACAGAUGAGGACAUGCAAAGGAAAACCCUCAGGAUCUCUGUGUGUGAUGAAGACAAAUUUGGCCACAAUGAGUUUAUUGGAGAAACUAGAGUUUCCUUGAAAAAACUCAAAGCCAAUCAGAAAAAGAACUUCAACAUCUGCUUGGAGAGAGUAAUACCAAUGAAGCGUGCUGGAACAACUGGCUCAUCCCGUGGGAUGGCACUGUACGAAGAAGAGGUGGAUCGUGGCGGGGAUGUGGAGGAGCGUGGGAAGAUCCUAGUGUCCCUCAUGUACAGCACCCAGCAGGGUGGCCUGAUUGUCGGCAUCAUACGCUGCGUGCAUUUAGCAGCCAUGGAUGCCAAUGGAUACUCAGACCCUUUUGUUAAACUUUGGCUGAAACCUGACAUGGGCAAAAAGGCUAAACACAAGACACAGAUUAAGAAGAAAACAUUGAAUCCUGAGUUUAAUGAGGAGUUUUUCUAUGAUAUAAAACACAGCGAUCUGGCCAAGAAGUCACUGGACAUUUCUGUCUGGGAUUACGACAUCGGAAAAUCGAAUGAUUACAUUGGCGGCUGUCAGCUCGGCAUUACAGCUAAGGGGGAGCGCUUGAAACACUGGUAUGAAUGUUUGAAGAACAAGGACAAGAAGAUUGAACGCUGGCACACCCUCCAAAAUGAGAACCACGUUGCUAGUGAUUAAAGGGAGCUGCUGCUCAAACCUCCCUAACUGGCCCAUCCUCCUCCAAGCCCCUGUAGGUCUCUGAUGUCUGUCUUCCAGCACAGUCAUGCCUUGCUACACACCUCUGGUUCCAGGGCAGCAACACUCUUCUGCCUUUUCCAAGCAUCUUCUGUGACCUGUUCUCACUCCCACCUGAAAACUAACCCAGAUUUUUUCUAUUCACUUCCUUUGGGGUUUUUUUGGGGGGUCAUUGGAUUAUCCUGGUGUGUAAUUUUGUCAAGCAAUAGUUACCCUCUGACUGUUCCUCUUUCUCACUAGUCUCACGCACGCCGUGAUAGCCUGUCUGUUGUAUGUGUGAUGCUCUAUGUUCCUCCAGCUGCCACUCGCGUGGCUCGUCCCAUCACACCAGCUCGUGGCUCCUUUGUCUCCCAGUGGGAUGUGUGGCCACCGGCCUGGCUGUGCUCUUGUCCGGCAUGGGGGCGGUUGAGCGCUGGUGUCCGAGCAUCGGCCCGUUCUGCUUGCGUGAUAUUGAUACCUCAGUUGCAAUAAUGAAAAAGCUGUUUGGCUUUGGUGUGGGUCGUAACCGUAGCCUGGUAUCUGUGUUGUCGUGAUUAGGCAAAAGCCUGUGUCACUGAUAUAAUCCUGCGAGUCCUGCUUGAGCUUUAGUUCUGACUUGGUACAUUUGAGCAAUAUUGUGGUACAUCCUUUGCUGAGAAGAUCCACCAAUAAUACAAUAACAAUAAUGAGAAAUAGGGAGCCACUCUGUGCUCGCAGGGAAACAGAGAUUUGGGUUGGUUCGUGUUCGUUUCCAGCCGCCACGUGCGGUUCCUUUCUCCUGAGGAACUUGCGCACUCCGUUUGCUGUAGGAGCACACCCAUGUUUCAAGCUUGUGACUACCUCCUCUUCACGUCCUAGCUGCAUAGUAGUGACUAGCUGAACCCUGAGGGCAGCCCCUGACCCUCCUCAGACUAUCCUUUCUGUUGCUGACUGUUUGCCAUGCCACAUGCAGGAGGGAAGCUGAGGGAGAAGAUACUUCCCACCAACUAGCCGCUAUGUGCAAGGACCAUUGCUUUAAAACACCAUGAAUACUGAAAUUAGCUGAAACAGAGGUCUUCCAACUUUUUUUUUCUUUUUGUCUCAAAUCUGCACAAGAACCGUUGUCUUCAACCUGCACUUUAAUGAUGGGCUGGAGGUGUUCAAUUUGUUCUCAACAGCAGGAGAGUCACAACACUUUCAGGCUGAUGCUGGUCGGGUUUGGUACCAUUUGCUGUCUCUGGACAGCCUCAAGCAUAGCAAUGUUGAUAGCAGCACAAUAAGCACUACUGGAUUAUAUUGUUGGUCAGCUACACUCUGCACAUGUGGUAUGAAACAUGAACCUCAGCCCCCUCAGUUCACACUGUCAUCCCAUGACUUCCCUUGCAACCCGCUGCUGUAGUCUGCUGGCAUGCUGUCAUGUGGCAUGUUCUCAAUUCAGCUGUACUGCGGAGCUGAAUUUUGAAUUGGAUGAGUUACUUUCCUGUUCUUGAUUUUCCCCCUCCACCCUUUCCCCAGCGGAAUUUGCUCUGAGCACUGACUUGCGAUGAACGUCUCUCCAGGGCUGUGAUUUCUGCAGCUGGUGGGGCCUGCGUGCUGAGCGAUGCUAACAUUGCCGUGUGACGGUAACACCUCUGUGUGCCGAGCGGUGCUGUGGCGUGCAGAGCAGCCCAGCCAGCUCAGGGCUUGCGUUCCCAUGGAGGGCUGGUUUUCCCCGCCAGCCCUGGCUGGGUGCUGCCAACACAUUGUACUCUGCUGUCCACCAGGAGCCACCCUUGGAGCAAGGAUUGAGGAAGUAAACCUAAACCAGCCUGGGCUUCCUCUGCUGCUUUCAGCUGGAGCUGGGGCAGCUCUUCCACUGCCCCAGACUGUGUCCUGUGGCAUGGCCACUGAGAUGAGAGGUGCUUGGGCAUGACGCAUGGGAGAGGAUGCCCUGAAAAUGGCUUUCCUCUCCUUUUCAUGCAGUUCUUGAUUCCGCACCAGUAACUGCUGCCCUCAGGAUGGGCUGUGCAGAGGACCCAGACUGCAAUGACCUGGUUCUUUUGGGUUGUUUCUUUCUGUGUCUGGUGCUGCCUUGUGCAGCUGUGCCAGGGCCCUCGCUGCUCCAGGCAGAGGUUGUUCAGCUGUAGAAUACUGCUGUUAUCUCUUCUAGAGCGAUGGAGCUGGCCAAAACCUUUGCACGGCCCUUGCCUAUACCUCUUGGAGCAGCAGUUGGGCACAGUGCCCUUCUGAACUAUGCUGGGAAAAUGGGUGGCUGGGGAUGAAAUUACCUGUAAAAACAAAACAAAAAAAAAGAAAACAAAAGAAAAUGUAAGCAAUUCCUUAAUUUAUUCCAGUCCUGCAGCAGCCCAGCCUUUUUUGUGUGUGCAGAACAACUACAUUAAGGUUGCCUUUAUCCUGUCCUGUAUUGACAUUGUCUGCUCACCUUGCUUUCCCUUCAGACAAACGCUACUCCAAUCAUCUCUUUGCACCCAAAAAAAUUAAAUGCAGCUUACCGAUCCCCCUCUCGGUAUUGUGCAAACCACAGUCCUCAUCUCUGUUUGCCACCUUCUUCUCAGUUUUUCUGAUGGUAAUUUCUGCCCUGAAUGACUACUUUUCGUUGUAAAUAAAGCAUGCACAUAUGGAUUGGGAAUGGUGCAAAAAGAAAAAAAGCCUCUUCUAGUGCUGUUUGCAUUCAAACUUGCAUGCAGUGAUUUUACAGCAAAAUAUCAGUUUACAACUAUUAAGAGAAAAAGAAAAUGUUACACAGGAACUAGAAGUACUCCAGUCUUCCGCUGCAUGCAGCACAACAUCUUCUCUUGAUGUGGUAUCUAAUAAAGUGAGACUAUUGGAAAAGAAAAAAAAA